GACAAUACUGGAGGAAAGAGGUAAAACUUUGUGGAGAUGUUUUCAUGCAUCAAGAGGCCCAUAUAAAUAAUGGUGUCUCUUUGUAACAUCCAUCUCUCAUAACGGCUUCUGACGGAGGACAAUGCAACAUAUUCACCUCCCAUUCGGAGGUUCUUUAUGGGAGUUAUCCAGUUACCCCUGCUGCCCCGUCCUCCGGAGCAGACACAGCCUCUCUACGCUCCCAUUUUACAGCAUUACACUAUGGAUUAUUCUUGGUGUUUUGACGUUUCCAUGCUGUGUCCAAUGCCUGAUUUUCAAAGUAGGCGUCCUGGGGCCUUGGAACUGUGACCCUUAUUAUGCAAAAUCACUUCCUGCCAUUGCGUCCAGACUGGCUGUUGGCCGCAUAAACGAGGAUUUUAGUUUAGACCUGGGCUGUACGAUGGACUUCGUCAUCCUUCAAGAGGCUUGCGAGACUUCCAAAGCCUUGACCUCAUUUGUACAAUAUGAGAACGCGGUUGAUGCGUUUGUAGGCCCUUCAAAUCCAGGAUACUGCAAUGCUGCGGCGCUCAUGGGCAAGAAUUGGGACAAGUCUAUGUUUUCAUGGGCGUGCAUUAACUAUGAAUUAGACCGGGUUCAGGGCUACCCAACAUUUGCUCGAACUUUACCGUCCCCGACACGGGUGCUCUUCAGUGUGCUCAAGUUUUUCAGCUUGGCUAACAUAGCCAUUGUGUCUUCUAAUGAGGAUAUAUGGAUUGACACAGCUGCCAAAUUGGCUAGUGCUCUCAGAAACCAGGGGCUUCCUGUUGGCAUCGUUGUGUCCAUGGGGAAUAAUGACACCAUGCUGGAGAACACGUUGCUGAGCAUACGAAACGCAGGGGAGAUAAAAGUCAUCAUUAUGUGCAUGCACUCAGCACUUAUUGGAGGAGAUCAACAAACGUCUUUCCUGAUGAAGGCCAAUGAAAUGGGCUUGACGAAUGGUCAGUAUGUGUUUAUACCAUACGACACCCUCCUGUACAGCCUGCCCUACACCAACACCACCUACUUCCCACUGCAAAACAACACCAAACUGCGCAAAGCCUACGACGCUGUACUCACCAUCACCAUAGAGUCAGACCUGAUGUCAUUCAACGAAGCGUUCAAUAUGGCCAAACGAUUCGGAGAACUGAUGGUGCCACAAGAGCCAGAGCAGGUCUCUCCGCUCUUUGGUACAACCUACAACAGUUUGUACCUCCUUGCCAAGGCCAUGCACAACACCAGAAGAGCUGGUAAGUGGUUCUCCGGGUCCAACCUGGUCUCCUUCACGAGGAACAUUACAUUUUCCGGGUUCAACCAGAACAUCCGCACGGACGCCCAAGGGAACGGGCAGACCAACUACGUGAUCUUAGACACUGAUGGCUGGGGAUCUGAACUGUAUCGUUGCUUUUAUGUGAACAUGACGUUAGAUAAGGUGCUGUUCGCCGGCACGUACAUUCAUUUCCCUACAGGUUCACCUCCACCUUCAGACUCCAGCUGCUGGUUUGACCUCAAUGCCAUCUGCGCAGGAGGUGUGGAAAUAACAUAUGUCAUCAUUGCGUUUGUGAUUGUCCUCAUUAUGGUUCUUGGUUCUAUGGGUCUAACUCUAUUCAUAAGGAGGCGAAUCCAACAAAUCCAGCUGAUCAAAGGGCCCAACAGAAUCCUGCUUACACUUGAGGACCUGACCUUCAUCAACCCUCAGCUGAGCAAGAGGAAAAUCACCCUUGAGGAUCUUAGCGACUCAAAAAGUUACAUUGAGGAGAAGAGCACAGGUGAACGUUCCCGCUCUGUGAAUAGCAUGGCAACAGCAACACAUGAAAAUUCAAAUGUGGCUGUAUAUGAGGGCGACUGGGUGUGGCUAAAAAAAUUUACGGAGGGACAUUUCAAGGAGGUUAAACAGAGCACCACUAAGAUCUUCACCAAGAUGAAGGACCUACGGAAUGAAAAUGUCAAUCCAUUUUUGGGGUUCUUCACCGAUUGUGAGAUGUUUGCUAUUGUGACUGAACACUGUUCCCGGGGGAGUCUACACGAUCUCCUUCGCAAUGAAGAUGUCAAACUGGACUGGAUGUUUAAAUCCUCUUUAGUGCUGGAUCUCAUCAAGGGCAUGAAAUAUCUUCACCACAGGGAAUUUCCUCAUGGGCGCCUGAAGUCUCAUAAUUGUGUAGUAGAUGGACGUUUUGUCUUAAAGAUCACUGAUUAUGGAUACAAUGAGAUUCUUGAGACCCAGAAAGCUCCAAAGGAGACCCCACCUCCAGAGGAUCUAUUCUGGACGGCUCCUGAAUUCCUCAGAGACCCUGAAAGUCCACGGAAAGGAACUUAUAAAGGAGAUGUGUACAGUUUUGCGAUUAUACUUCAAGAAGUUGUGGUCAGAGGAGCGCCGUACUGCAUGCUCGGCUUGUCUCCUGAAGAGAUAAUAAGGAAGGUGAAGAAACCUCCGCCUAUGUGCAGGCCCACUGUCGCUCCAGAUCAAGCUCCACUGGAAUGCAUCCAGUUAAUGAAGCAGUGCUGGAGUGAACAGCCUGAUAGAAGGCCUCCUUUUGAUCAGAUCUUUGAUCAGUUCAAGCUCAUCAACAAGGGCAAAAAGACCAAUAUUAUUGACUCCAUGUUGCGUAUGCUGGAGCAGUACUCCUCUAACCUGGAGGACCUGAUCAGGGAAAGAACGGAGGAGCUGGAGGUAGAGAAACAGAGGACAGAGAAGCUUCUGGCUGAGAUGCUUCCUCCUUCUGUGGCAGAAGCUCUGAAAACCGGUGCCUCCGUGGAGCCAGAGUACUUUGAUCAAGUCACCAUCUACUUCAGUGACAUUGUAGGCUUCACCACCAUCUCAUCCCUUAGUGACCCAAUUGAGGUUGUAGACCUGCUCAAUGACCUUUACUCCCUAUUUGAUGCUGUGCUUGGCAGCCACGAUGUCUACAAGGUUGAAACUAUUGGAGAUGCCUACAUGGUGGCCUCUGGGCUGCCGAAGAGGAACGGCAACAAGCAUGCAGCCGAGAUCGCCAACAUGUCCCUGAACAUUCUCAGCUCCGUGGGCUCCUUCAAGAUGCGGCACAUGCCAGAAGUUCCGGUCAGAAUACGGAUCGGCAUUCACUCAGGGUCGUGUGUUGCUGGAGUCGUGGGUCUAACUAUGCCUAGAUACUGCCUUUUUGGAGACACAGUCAACACCGCCUCUCGUAUGGAAUCUACAGGGUUGCCUUACAGAAUUCAUGUGAACAUUAGUACAGUGAAUAUUCUCCGCUCACUGAACGAUGGCUACAAAAUAGAUGUCCGAGGAAAGACUGAGCUUAAGGGGAAAGGCAUUGAAGAAACAUACUGGCUUGUUGGAAAGUCUAAUUUUACAAAGCCUUUGCCAAAACCACCAGAGAUCAAACCAGGAGAUAACUGGCAAGACAUGAUGACGGAGGAGAUCAAGUCAAUAUUUCGCAAGGCCAACAGACAAGUGGACAAGCCCAAAAUCUGAGAAGCCCAAGGAUGUUAAAACUGACCAAGAAGGAAAGACAUGACAAGUUGCAUGGGAGAGAAACAAAGGACAACACAAGCAUGUGUGUUUCACUGCAGCUUACAAAGACU